AAAAUACGUCACAGCUCACAAACAAUCCAUCGCAUCCUCUCUCGUACCCAAAAAUGCUCCGCCUCGCGCGCGUGCGGCGUCCAGCCACCGGCGCCGGCGCCGCCGUCUCGUCCAUCCGCCCGACCCGACCGCCUCCCGCGCCCUUCACAACCACCGCUUCCACCACCGAUACCUCUUCGUCCAUGGCCGCCGACCCGGACGGCGUGGCCGCGGAGGUGGCCACACUCCUUUCCCGCUGCACCGGCGACUGGAAGCAAGUCAUCGCCGCCUCCGACAUCCCCUCUCGGCUCUCUCCCGCUGCCUUAUCCUCCCUUCUCCGCCGCUGCAACUCCUCCCCGCGCCUCCACCCCAAGCUUCUGCUCGAUUUCUUCUACUGGUCCCGCACCCGCCUCGCGCCCUCGGCACCGGCCCCCGACGCCUUUGCCCACCUCGCCGUCUCCCUCUGUGCCGCCGGCCUAUACCCUCAGGCCAAUGGGCUCCUCGACCAGAUGAUCCGUGCCUACCCCACCCCUCCCCUCGUCCUCAGCUCCGUCCACCGCGCGCUCUCCGGUUCCGACCAGGGUCGCCGGCCUGUCGUCCUCGACGUGCUCGUCGACACCUACAAGAAGACCGGGAGGGUCCGAGACGGCGCCGAGGUUGUCCUGCUGAUGAAAGAUCUCGGUUUGGCGCCCAGCCUUCGCUGCUGCAACGGGCUGCUCAAGGACCUGCUGCGCGCUGACGCCCUGGAUCUGCUCUGGAAGGUGCGCGGUUUCAUGGAGGGCGCCGGGAUUUCGCCCGAUGUGUACACUUACUCGACGCUGAUCGAGGCCUACUGCAAGGUCCGGGACUUGGAGUCUGCCAAGAAGGUGGUUGAGGAAAUGCGUGAGACGGGAUGCAGCCUGAAUGUAGUGACCUACAAUACAUUGAUUGGUGGUCUGUGCAGAGCUGGAGCCAUUGAAGAGGCGUUUGGAUACAAGAAGGAGAUGGAGGAUUAUGGGCUGGUUCCAGAUGGGUUUACCUACGGAGCUAUCAUUAAUGGUCUGUGCAAGCGUGGCAGGCCGGAUCAGGCAAAGUGCUUGCUGGACGAGAUGUCUUGUGCUGGGUUGAUGCCUAACGUGGUUGUUUAUUCAACUCUGAUUGAUGGGUUCAUGAGGCAGGGCAAUGCAGAUGAAGCUUUUAAGAUAGUCAAGGAGAUGUCUGCUGCUGGGGUGCAGCCGAACAAGAUCACCUAUGACAAUCUCAUCCGGGGUCUCUGUAAACUGGGGCGGAUGGGCAGGGCUUCCAGGAUUCUGAAGCAAAUGACUAAAAUUGGUUAUAUGGCUGACACUAUGACUUAUAAUCUGGUCAUUGAAGGUCAUCUCCGACAGCAUAACAAAGAAGAAGCUUUUUUGCUGCUUAAUGAAAUGAGGAAGGGUGGUAUUUCACCUAAUGUAUACACUUACAGCAUAAUCAUCAACGGGCUGUGCCAAAUUGGUGAAUCAGAAAGAGCAAGUGGUCUCCUUGAGCAAAUGAUUGCAGAUGGUUUAAAGCCCAAUGCGUUUGUUUAUGCACCUCUUAUCUCAGGCUAUUGCAGGGAAGGUAGUUUCUCAUUGGCUUGUGAAACUCUCAAAAAGAUGACCAGGGAAAACUUAACCCCUGAUUUGUACUGCUACAAUUCUCUUAUAAUUGGAUUGUCUAAUGUGGGAAAGAUGGAUGAAGCCAUAGAGUACUAUGACGAGAUGCUGGAGAAAGGAUUUCAGCCUAAUGAUUUCACAUAUGGUGGUCUGAUUCAUGGCUAUAGUAUGGCUGGGAAUCUAGAAAAGGCUGAACAGUUACUUCAUCAGAUGCUAAACAGUGGACUAAAUCCCAAUGAUUUUAUCUAUGCCCAAAUCCUAGAAGGUUACUUCAAGUCAGACAAUCUUGAAAAGGUUUCCUCUACUCUUAAAUCCAUGUUAGAAAAGGGGUUAAUGCCAGACAACCGUUUGUAUGGAAUCGUGAUUCACAAUCUAUCCAGCUCUGGACAUAUGCAAGCUGCUGUUAGUGUUCUCUCAGUGAUUGAGAAGAAUGGAUUAGUUCCUGAUUCGCUUAUAUACGGUUCCUUGAUAUCUGGUUUUUGCAAGGCAGCUGACAUGGAGAAAGCUGUUGGUCUUCUUGAUGAGAUGGCUAAAAAAGGUAUAGAGCCUGGUAUUUCAUGCUAUAAUGCCCUGAUCGAUGGGUUUUGUAAGUCUGAUGAUAUUUCUCAUGCCCGUAAUAUCUUCAAUAGCAUAAUAUGUAAGGGAUUACCCCCAAAUUGUGUGACAUAUACAACUUUGAUUGAUGGAUACUGCAAAGCUGGUGAUAUCCGUGAUGCUAUUGAUCUGUAUAAUGAAAUGCUUACAGAGGGGGUAGCUCCAGAUGCUUUUGUCUAUAGUGUGCUUGCUGCUGGCUGCUCAAACUCCGGAGACCUUCAACAAGCUCUGUUUAUAACUGAGGAAAUGAUUGCUCGGGGAUAUGCAAUUAUUUCUUCUUUCAACACCUUGGUCCAUGGCUUCUGUAAACGUGGAAAAUUACAGGAAACUGUGAAGUUUCUCCACGUGAUGAUGGAUAAAGACAUAGUACCUAGCCUGCUGACUGUUGAAAAUAUUGUGAUUGGACUCGGUGAGGCUGGGAAACUCAGUGAAGCACACACGAUUUUUGUUGAGCUGCAACAGAAGAAUGCUUCACAUCGUGAUACAGAUCAUUUGUCCUCAUUGUUUACAGACAUGAUAAACCAAGGACUAGUUCCUCUAGAUGUGAUACAUAACAUGAUCCAGUCUCAUUGCAAACAAGGCUAUUUGGACAAGGCUUUGAUGCUACAUGAUGCUCUUGUUGCAAAAGGUUCUCUUGUGGGCUGCACAUCUUAUCUUGCUUUAUUGGAUGGCCAUUGCAGGAAGAGCAAACUGAUUGAAGCUUUAAAUUUUCUAAAAGAAAUGAAAGAGAUGGAUAUUUGUCCUUCUGAGGAUCAGUGCAUGACACUCUUAAAUAGUCUUCACUCAUCAGGAUUCAUCCAAGAAUACAAUAAAGUGUUUGAUACUAUGCUAUCUUACCAGUGGUUACAAAAGGAAAGCAAAGUCUGUAAUUCGGUUUGUAAUAGUCCGGAAUCUGUGAAUGCAGAAUAACUAAAGACUGCAAAUUUAUGGACCCCUUUUUGAUAGAUAAUAGUUUGAACGGAUUAGUUCACUCCAUAGAAUUGGGCUGCUUUCUUGUUGUUGCAAAUCAGGAACUAUAUGCCUGUGCAGCUUUAGGUUAAUCUGUUUAGUGGUCCUGCACUUCUGGUUCAGGUAUUACUGGUGGAUGGUGAGAGGAGGCUGUGUCUGUGAGUAAUGCAAAGAGUGCAACUGCAUAACAAUGAUGCUAGAAUUGAUAAUCAGAGAAGGGACAUAACUGCAGAUUAACAAAUUUUCUUGCUUUGAUUUACCCAUGUAAUUAGUUUUGUUAACUGAUUUCGUUUGUUGGCCAACUAUAGGAUUGCUUUGUAUGGGAUUCUUUCUUUCCCAUUUUAAUACAAAGAUACAUAGCUCUACUGCGUGAUAAAAAAAACCUACUAUUUCUCAGCUUCAUUCUGAUCAAUUGAUUUCUAGAUGCAUCAGUGCUACCGACUACUGAGUUUGGUGAUGCCUUUGAUCAACCAGAAAACAAGCAGUUCUUCAUGUUGUAGAUGGCUUUGAUGGGAAGAUUUGGAUGAUUCUUAUAUGAUUUUGAAGUCAAGGAAAUCCCCUUCCUGGGAUGCAAAUAUACUUGGUCAAAUGAAAGGUCUUCAACGCCUGUUAGGUUGGAUUGAGCUUUCUGUUGCUCAGAAUGGGAGGACAUUUUCCCUGAUGCUGUUCUGCAGAGCACCCCCUUAGUUUUUUCUGAUCAUUGCCCUCUUAUUCUAGGUUUGAAGGUUAGCACAAAAGGCAAGCGGCCUUUUCAUUUCAGAAGUUUUUGGACAAAAAUCCCUGGCUUUCUGGAUGCUGUUCAGCAGAAGUGGAAUGCUCCCGUCGCCUCAUCUCUUGCAGCCACUUCCCAUGCACCAUGUCAGUCACCGGGUUUCUUUCUUUGGAUGAUGCUGUGAUGUUUUUGUGGCCAUCCUGCACUGAUCUUGAGACCAUCAAACUCAUCCUUGAUUAUUUUGGGCACGCGUCGGGUCUCCGAAUAAAUUUGGCAAAAAGUUCAGUUUCUCCUGUUCAUUGUUCUGAAACUGAUUUGCUGCUCACUUCAGAAAUUCUGUCAUGCCCGGUCAAGGAUUUCCCAUGCACUUACAGUAUCUAGGCCUUCCUAGCCCUAGCAGUUUGGGCCGAGCAGAUUAUCUACCACUACUGCAGUACAGCGGCAACCGAAGAAAUCACGCUGCCUGCAGUUUGUAUCUAUUAUUUCGGUUAUAUUCGAGAAACACGAAUUUGCUAAUUUUUAUAAUGUCUGAGUAGCGCUGUUUCAA